UAAUGAUUAUAUACAACAUAUAUAUUAGUUAACUGCAUUCAUUUUCCAUUUAUGACAUCUUUCCUACUGGUAUUUAUAAACAGCCUCUUCUGCAUCACAGGGGCGAGCGGACUGUCUGAGGGAAAAAGAAAAUUCAGGAAGCCUCUUCUUUUCCCCCCCGCGCACUUUUAAUAUUACUCACUUGACCCAGAGACACAUCAAAAAUGUCUCUAAAUGCCUCCCAGAGCAAAAGGAAGCAUGGAAGAGGAAUUUUGUGGGAGCAUGCAGAGAUACUGGACCUGCUGUGUUUCUGGGGGGAUGAGGAGAUUCAGAGGCGCUUGAACUCCAAUCACAGAAACCUCGCAGUCUACAAAAUAAUAUCAGACCAGAUGCAAUCCAGAGGGCACGACAGAACGCCAGAGGAAUGCAGAAUAAAGUGCAAAGCUAUGAAACAAAAUUAUACUAAUGUAUGCCGCCACAAUAGGGCGAUAUGUCCCUAUUUUUAUGAAAUGGACAAAUUCAUGAAUGGCAGCCGGACCGUUCCGCCAACAAAACUAUCCAGAAAUUUCAAUCUGCCACCGCAGGGCACCAUGGAGAGCUGUGUGGGUAACCAGGAGGCCAUCACCCUUCCUCCUGUUCCUGCUGAGGAAGCAGAGCCCCAGGAAGUGCCUGACAACAGAAUACUAAUAGGAGAGGAAGAAGUGUACAACAAUCUCUAUGCCGUCCCGACAGAGAAGCUUCAGGCACAGGACAUGCUGGGAGGCCAGGAGCAGGAGGACAUGCCUGGAAGCCAGGAGCUGGAGGACAUCCCGGGAGGCCAGGAGCAGGAGGACAUGCAGGGAAGCCAGGAGCAAGAGGAUCCACACAGCAGUGGAGAAGAUACAAUUGUUGAAGGCCAGGAUGACGCUCCUCCUAGCGAAACACCAAAUGCUGUUGCAGCAGUCAUCCCUCAACCACCUAGAGGUCAUGGUGAGCGACAAAAUCGAAGGGAGAGGCCUGGAGUGGUACCUCCGCCAGUGCAACAGAAGAAAGAUGGAAAGGCAAGAAGAGGGGAACGCAUUGCAAACUCCAUCAUUGCACAUGGGAGGCAAGAAUGGAGACUGUUCAGGCGCCAGAACAGGGCAAUUGCAAACAGGCAGCACAGGCAGUGGCAGCAUGAGUCUGAAAUACUGCAUCAAUUGAUGGAAACAUACACAGCAGACACUCAAGCUUGCAAGAAGGAAAGUGCUGAACUGCAAGCGUGCUUUCGAAACAUGGCCACCUAUGCAGCCGAUAUGGUUGAGGCCCAAAGGGCUGAUACAGCUCUCAGGGAGAGGGACAUUACAGUUAAAGAAUCCCUUGCUGCCCUGCAGAUGGAGUACCUUAGGGCAAGAAUCAAUCAUCUUAAUGCUGCAAAUGUGGAGGGGCAAGCUGGACGGAGUGGUGUUCGCCAGACAUCGAAGAGGCCAAAGGCUCAAUAAAAAGUAAAACUUACACAAGCCACUCCAACCCACGCCAGGGGGAGAACCUCCCAGAAUGUAACAGUGGAGGAUUCUGAGAGCCAGGAUGAGAUUGUGCCUGGUUCCCAGAUGACGCUGCCUGUGGUGGAAUCCCAAUGUACAGUGGUGCCUCGGGUUACGAAAUUAAUUCGUUCCGCCAUUCCGUUCGUAACGCGAAAAUUUCGUAACCCGAAAUAGCUUUCCGUUAGCGCUGGAAGCCUAUAGCAUUUGAAUU